AUGCUACCCAAACUGUGGCUGAUGCCCCCCCCUUUCCUACCCGCCGUUUUGCAACCUUUGUGUCUAAAUAUUCUCCUUUUUUCUGUGCACCCACCCACACAGGCCCAGAAUGGCUCCUCGCAGGACAUGCAGGAACUGCAGUCGGAGAUUUUGAGUCUGAAGGGCAAGCUGAUGCUGAAACGGGACCAGGUGACUGCCCUGCGCAAUGUCCUAAAGGCCAACAAGACGACCGCGGAGACAGCGCUGGCCAAUCUGAAGCAGAAGUACGAGAACGAGAAGACCCUCGUCACCGAUACUAUGCGCUCCCUCCGCUCGGAGCUGAAGGUGCUCAAGGAGGACGCGGCCACCUAUGCCUCGCUGCGCGCCAUGUUUGCGCAAAAACACGAUGAAUUCAUCACCCAGAUGGAUGAACUGCAACAAAAACUGAAUGUACGUUGA